CAGUUCUAUCUUUGGACAGAAAAUAUCUCCAGCAGACGGAGACUGAACUGGAGCUGAGAGCACGUCUGGACCAAUGUCUCUCAGCUGAGCAUUACACAGAGAACUACAACCUCCAUCAUUGAUCUGAUCCUGAAAACAAGAAGAUGGGUGAUGUGAUUAGCUGUCUGGCGGAGUUUGAGAGGGAGAUGCGUAAGAAAGGAAUGGAAGAUUUUUUGGAACGACUCAACGACGGAGAGGCUCCAGAUCUGAGAGUCAUCAAGAGCAUUGUGAUGUUCGCAGGUCUUAAGUCUUCAGACACUCUGAGACAACACUACGAGAAGAGGAAAAGGGAGACGGGCGGCUCCGCUGAUGACUUGAUCAAUCUGUAUGCUGCAGACUGGAUCAAGAGCCUGGUGGAUAAACUGGCCGACUUGACACCAGCUUCUGCACUGGCGGGCCUCGGAGCGCUGGUCAUCGCCAUCAUCAUCGACUCGGCUUCCUUGAGUCCGCCUGAGGAGAGCACGAAGGACGCUCUGCGGAGCGUGUUUGCCGAGGAGAAGGCCUCCGAGGUCUGGGAUCAGAUCGACGAGUGCCUGAAGAGAUGUGAGAUGCACAUCAACAACGACCACGAACUGGUGACUGACAUCAGACGGAUCGAGGUCCAGCUGAGCACCGCCCUCACCAAGCUGAAGAACUCCAUGGUGAGGGACGGCCACAUGUCGUCUCAGGCUCUGAAGGCCUGGGUGAACGGGGCAGCCUUCCAUGUCCAGAUGCUGAUUCACCUGGUGAGACUCGGAGGGACUCAAACCUGCGACCCUGUGGAGAGACUCCUCUCGACUUACCUGAGAGACCUGGACACGCUGUUCAAAGAGCACAGGGAAAUGGUCAAGGCUAAGUGCAGUGUGAAACGGAUAGUUGUAUUUGAUAUACUGCCUGUUAAAUUUCUGGUGGAUGAUGAUUUAAAGUUAGAGUAUAGGAUGUCUGGUUUUGGCAGCUUUAAGGAAUACUUUGAGGCUUAUUAUGAUCACAGAUACCGCAGGCAGAAGAGUGACAUUGAGCGUUACUUCAGUGACAUAAGAAAGAACCUGGUUAAUCAAAGAGGAUACUUUAAAGUGCUCAUGUUAUGCUUUUUAGCUUUUCCCUUUCCUUUAUUGUGUUAUUUGUGCAUGUUAUAGGUUU